AAUUUAUACAUUCACCGGAGAUCUCAGCUCUUCUUCUGCAAUGGCAAUGGGUUUUGAUUUCAAUGAGAUGAAUAAAACGAAGAAAACUUUGAUUGGACUUGGCUUGGGACAGAUCCUCUCACUUCUAUGUACUUCUAAUGCCUUCACUUCCUCUGAGCUCGCCAGAAAAGGAAUAAAUGCUCCAACAUCACAAACCUUCCUCAGUUAUACAUUACUAGCAAUCGCCUAUGGAGGUAUCAUGCUGUAUCGCAGACCCGCAAUUAAGGGGAAGUGGUAUCACUAUUUCCUCCUUGCUUUAGUUGACGUGGAAGGCAAUUUUCUUGUAGUGAAGGCGAAUCAGUACACAUCGAUAACGAGUAUCAUGCUACUAGAUUGCUGGGCGAUCCCUUGUGUGUUGGUCUUAACUUGGAUUUUCCUGCAAACAAAAUACAGAUUGAUGAAUAUUAGUGGUGUGUUUAUCUGUAUUGCUGGUGUUGUCAUGGUACUCUUCUCUGACGUUCACGCAGGAAGUCGAGCAGGAGGAAGUAAUCCUGUUAGAGGAGAUUUUCUUGUUUUAGCUGGAGCAACUUUAUAUGCUGUCAGUAAUACCACCGAGGAGUUCCUUGUAAAGAAUGCAGACACAGUUGAGUUGAUGACCUUCAUGGGACUUUUUGGAGCCAUUAUUAGUGCUAUUCAGGUAGCCAUAUUUGAACAAGGUGAGCUCAAAGCUAUUCACUGGUCAGCUGAUGCAGUUUUCCCUUUCCUUAGAUUCGCAAUCACGAUGUUUCUCAUCUACUCACUACUACCGGUUUUACUGAGGACCAAUGGUUCAACAAUGUUCACCCUCUCGUUGCUCACAUCAGACAUGUGGGCGGUUUUGAUCCGCAUUUUCGCAUACCACGAGAAGGUUGAUUGGCUCUACUACUUGGCAUUUGCUACAACAGCUAUAGGACUAAUCAUAUACUCAAUGAAGGAGAAAGAUGAGGAAGAAGAAAGAGAGGAGCAGAGGAAGAAGCUGUUGGAUAAGGAGGAAGGGAUUAAUGCUCCAACAUCACAGUCGUUUCUGGGUUAUGUGUUACUAGCAAUCAUCUAUGGAGGUAUCAUGCUCUAUCGAAGAUCCGCAAUUAAAGCCAAGUGGUAUCAUUAUCUCCUCCUUGCUUUAGUUGAUGUGGAGGGGAACUUUCUCGUGGUGAAGGCUUAUCAGAACACAUCAAUGACGAGUAUCAUGCUACUGGACUGCUGGGCGAUCCCUUGCGUUUUGUUUUUGACUUGGGCUUUUCUAAAAACAAAAUACAGAUUGAUGAAGAUUAGUGGUGUUGUUAUCUGUAUUGCUGGUGUUGUCAUGGUAGUUUUCUCAGACGUCCAUGCAGGGGAUCGAGCUGGUGGAAGUAAUCCUGUCAAAGGAGAUUUUCUUGUUAUAGCUGGAGCAACCUUGUAUGCUGUCAGUAAUGUCAGUCAGGAGUUCCUUGUGAAGAAUGCAGACAGAGUUGAACUCAUGGCCUUUGUGGGCCUUUUCGGCGCAAUUAUUGGCGCCAUUCAGAUAAGCAUAUUUGAACGUGAUGCGCUCAAAGCUAUUCACUGGUCAACUGGGGCUGUUUUGCCUUUCCUUGGAAUUGCACUCGGAGUAUUUCUCUUCUACUCGUUACUCACAGUCUUACUCAAGACCAAUGGUUCAGCAAUGUUCACCCUCUCGUUACUGACAUCAGACAUGUGGGCGGUUUUGAUCCGCAUUUUCGCUUACCAUGAGAAGGUUGAUUGGCUCUAUUACUUGGCAUUUGCUACAACAGCUAUUGGACUGAUCAUAUACUCAAUGUACAAUCUUUCCUCAUCUUUCUUCAACUCCAAUAUCUGUUCUUGCACUCUGGAGAUCAGUAUCCUCAUACCAUUUGUUUUCCUUGUCUUGAUAUUCUCAUUUCUCAGGAAAGAGAAAGAUCCGGAGGAACAAAGAGGUGGAGAAGUAGUGAAUGAGCAGAGAAAGCUGUUCGAUGCUGAGAAUGGUCAAUCACUUCGAGAUAGCCUUAUAGUAAUGGUGUGUUUCAAUUUCAAUGAAAUCAAGACGAAGAAGACUCUCAUUGGACUUGGAUUAGGACAGAUCAUCUCGCUUCUCUCUACUUUGAUUUCGUUUACUGCGUCUGAGAUCGCCAGAAAAGGGAUUAGUGCUCCAACAUCUCAGUCGUUUCUGGGUUAUGUGUCACUGGCAAUCGUCUAUGGAGGUAUCAUGCUCUAUCGAAGACCCACAAUCAAAGUGAAGUGGUAUAACUAUUUCCUCCUUGCUUUUGUUGAUGUGGAGGCAAACUUUCUUGUUGUGAAGGCAUAUCAAAACACAUCGAUGACGAGUGUCAUGCUACUGGAUUGCUGGGCAAUCCCUUGCGUUUUGGUCUUGACUUGGGUUUUCCUGAAUACAAGAUACAGAUUGAUGAAGAUCAGUGGUGUGUUUAUCUGUAUAGUUGGUGUUGUCAUGGUAGUUUUCUCAGACGUCCAUGCAGGCGAUCGAGCUGGUGGAAGUAAUCCUGUCAAAGGAGAUUUUCUUGUUAUAGCUGGAGCGUCCUUGUAUGCUGUCAGUAAUGUCACUGAGGAGUUCCUAGUGAAGAAUGCAGACAUGAUUGAGCUCAUAAGCAUAUUUGAACGUGGUGCUCUCAGAGAUAUUCACUGGACAACUGAGGCGAUUUUGCUUUACAUUGGAGUCGCACUCGCGCUAUUUAUGUUGUACUCAUUAAUCACAGUCUUAAUCAUGACCAAUGGUGCAACAAUGUUCAACCUCUCGUUGCUCACAUCAGACAUGUGGGCUGUUUUGAUCCGCACUUUUGGUUACCAAGAGAAGGUUGAUUGGCUCUACUACUUGGCAUUUGCUACAACAGCUAUAGGACUGAUCAUAUACUCAAUGAAGGACAAAGAUGGGGAGGAACAAAGAAGUGGAGAUGUGGUAAGCGAGCGGAGGAAGCUGUUCGAUGAGGAGGAUGCUGAGGAUAUAAAGACUCGCUUCCUACACUCUUUCCUCUCACUCACUGACUCAGUGAUGGGUUUCGAUUUAAAGGAGAUAAGGAGGAAGAAGACACUGAUUGGUCUUGGUUUGGGACAGCUCCUCUCACUUCUCGCUACUUCUAAUGGCUUUACAUCUUCUGAGCUCGCCAGAAAAGGAAUAAAUGCUCCAACAUCACAAUGCUUUCUGAAUUAUGUGUUACUGGCAAUUGUCUUUGGAAGUAUCAUGCUGUAUCGAAGACCCCAAAUCAAGGCCAAAUGGUAUUACUAUUUCCUCCUUGCUUUUGUUGAUGUGGAGGCCCAAUUUCUCGUGGUGAAGGCUUAUCAAUACACAUCAUUGACAAGUGUCAUGCUACUGGAUUGCUGGGCGAUCCCUUGCGUUUUGGUCUUGACUUGGGUUUUCCUUCAAACAAAAUACAGAUUGAUGAAGAUCAGUGGUGUUGUUAUCUGUAUCGUUGGUGUUUUUAUGGUAGUCUUCUCAGACGUCCAUGCAGGGAAUCGAGCUGGAGGAAGUAAUCCCGUUAAAGGAGAUUUUCUAGUUUUAGCUGGAGCAACCUUAUAUGCUGUCAGUAAUACCAGCGAGGAGUUUCUUGUGAAGAAUGCAGACACAGUUGAGUUGAUGACCUUCAUGGGACUUUUUGGAGCCAUUAUUAGUGCCAUUCAGGUAAGCAUACUUGAACGUGAUGAGCUUAAAGCUAUUCACUGGUCAACUGGAGCUGUUUUUCCUUUCCUUAGAUUCACAGUCACAACGUUUCUCUUCUACCCAUUAGUCCCGGUCUUACUCAAGAUCAAUGGAGCAACAAUGUUCAACCUCUCGUUGCUCACAUCAGACAUGUGGGCUGUUUUGAUCCGCACUUUUGGUUACCACGAGAAGGUUGAUUGGCUCUACUUCUUGGCAUUUGCUACUACAGCUACUGGACUGAUCAUAUACUCCAUGAAGGAGAAAGAUCAAGAGGAACACAGAACUGCAGAAGUGGUCGACGAGGAGGCUGUGCAGAGGAAGUUGUUAGAUGAGGAUGAUGAGCCGGGAACCUAACCACACAGGUUUUUGUCAAUGUCAUUGACUGUAAUAUUAUAUUGUUGCAUCCAGCAAAAAGAACUUUGGAGUGGAGAAGAGUAAAGAAUUUAUCUCCAA